UUCCUAAUGUUAGUCAUUAGUGGCGUGGACGCACUGUAUUGGGUGUUGUUUAUAGUAUUGAAAAUGGAUACCCCUAAGUAUAAUACAGAUGCAGCGAAAAGAAUACCAUCUGCUAAAAAUGAUGGUAUAAUUACAAAUAAGAAACGACGACCAAUUACUGGUAAAUUAAAUGAUGAACAAGUGAAACAAUUAGAGGAAAUUUUUCUACAGACAUUGUAUCCUGAUAACAAUAUGAUAUUAAAUCUGUCUAGAAAAAUACAAACUAAUUCUUGUAUCAUCAAGAAAUGGUUUAAUUCACGACGUAGCAAAAUGAUGAAAUCGGAAAUCUUGGAGCGAGUACAUGUUCUGCCUAAAGUUGUCACUAACAGUACCUGCUCUUAUGGGACUCCAAAAUCACGACAGAAGACUGUACUGGUGAGAAUCGAUUCUCCUCCCAGAGAUGGUGUCAAUCAGGCUCCUGAAUUAUUAAGACAUUCUGAAAAUAUUUUGUGCAGCCCAGAUAAUAAUUUGCACUCAAUUUCUGGUGGUACACAGUGGCCCCCGAAAUCAAGUUAUCAAGAAAGUUAUCAUGAAAUACCCACUGCAGGUUUCCAAGAAUUACCAACAAGUUGCGAAGAUCUGCCGAUUACAUGUUACACAGAAUUACCGAGAACUUAUCAAGAAAUACCGACUACAUAUUACCAAGAAAUACCGACCACAAGUUAUCAAGAAAUACCGACAAGUUAUCAAGAAAUACCGACUACAAGUUAUCAAGAACUGCCGACUACAAGUUAUCAAGAACUACCGACUACAAGUUAUCAAGACGGUGUUUAUCAAACAAUACCGACUACAAGUUAUCAAGAACUACCGACUACAAUUUACCAAGAAAUACUGACUACAUGUUACCAAGACAUUCCGUCUACAAGUUAUCAAGACCUUGGUAAUGACAUAUUGGAAAUGUCGGAUUACGAGUUAAACCCUGAACAAAGAUUAUAUAAAAGUGUUGGAAAUGCCGAGACUAUAAGCUGUUCACCUGAUGUAACUCCGUCUACAGAGUGUGACAUAUUGCACUGUAAUACAAAGCACGUCUUGCCCAAUCAAAUUACAGAUUCUUCCACAGUUAGUUACAUUUAUCAAGUGGGUGAUGAUCCUCAUCGGUUUACUAAUUUAUCUAAUCAACUGGCUGAUAUCCCCUGUCAAACUACCAAUAUUUCGAAUCAAUCUUCAGGUCAAUUUGCAAAUGUUUCUAGUUCUUCAAACAGUCCGGGAAACACUAAUAAAAUUUCGAAUGUUGAAAGUUCGGUACAUAUGUCGCUGAAUCCUGUGGUUAACAGUUCAAUGACUGGGAAGGUAAAUCCCGCGAAAACCCGUCAAUUUUGCAGUAUAGAAGAUUUGAAGAGGCUUGGAACAAUAACCCGAGAACUGACUUCAGAAACAGGGGUGAGGGUGACGAAUUCUCCAGAAACGCAAACUGUGUGCUAUUUCGAUACCCCUGACAAUAAUAAUACACGUUUAACCAGAACAAAUAAACCAAACAAUUCUAAAAGACCUUCAAUGAGAACUGUGUCUACACAAACGAAUUAUGUAGAAGUUGAAAAUCACACAAGAUCGUUUGCCACACAGACAAAGCCAAUAAAUAAAAUAAAAGACAUUUCUAUACCACGGACAGCCUUAGCACGCGAGUCAUCUUGUGCGUUCAACGACAGUCACAUGUGUGCACCCGUAACUCCGACUAUUUUUCCAUUAUUAUGUAUACCUAUAACAAUCUUGCCAAUUGAAAAUAUACUACAGGGUGGUAACAAAAACUUGGCUCCGGGGACGUCAAUACAAACACAGUGUGCUGCAUUUCAUGAUGGCGGAUGUAUGGGAGCAACUUGGCAUCCAAAAUAAACUCUAAAUAUAGCAAUGUAAAAAGAAUAAUAUUAAUUAAAUAGAUUGCUAUAUAUUGUUCUGUGGGUCUAUUUAAUGGGUAUAUAUAAUUUGCCAUUUUCUUUUUGCGGAGGUCUAUUAAAUUUGUUACACCCGUUCAUCCCUCAUUGUCAGGAUGUUGGUCGAGGACGAGGAAGUUAAUUUGGAUUAUCCGGCGUGGUUCCCCCAUGUCAAUGGUGCAGGACCGAGGACCUGGCAAUGGACAACAACAAAUGUAUGCCCUAUUAUACUUGGGAAGCCACGGUGGUUAAGUGAGUACGACGCUGGCUCACUAACCUGGCGAUCGCGGGAUCGCUCCCGGUAUUGACCGAGGAAGUUCGUCGUGAGUUUCCAGCGUGGUUUCCCCUUGUCAGUGAUGCAGGGCGGAGGGCCUGACAACGACAGCUGUCUAGUCGUUCGGAUAGGUCAUAGCGCCGCUGUCCGGAGUUGAAACUCGAUAUAAGAGUUGGCCAUAGCGCCGCUGUCCGGGUAUGGCGGGCAAAAAUUUCUCUCAGAGCACACUGAAGGGCGUAUGCCCAUCUUCAUUAGCCCAUUCGGGGCUGAACAGUAGGACGUUCCAAUUUCAUUUCCCUCCGCCACACCUCUUGAAACGCAAUCUGAUUGGUUGAGACUUUAAAAUCUACCUACAGUUAUAAAUUAUAAUGAAUAGAUAAUGAUAAAAAAGUGAAAUAUACAAUCAUUAAUGACGGUCACCGUCAGUUCGAACAUCGACGUCAUCUGUGCACAUUUAAUAAGACUUAUGCAAUCGGAUGUUUCGGGGGGGUUUUUUUGGACCAAAUAUAAUAGGUAUUUAUUAUUGCAGUCUCUCCUAUGUGCCUAAGCUUAACUUUACGUUGAUGUUACCUGCGAAUCUUUACUUAUUGCUGAUCCGAGUGGUCUUAAUAACCUUUAAAUAAACAUUCCUUUAUUUCAGUCUACAACUUAUUUUCGAACAUUUUUUUUUCAUAUGCAAUCUGAUACUAAUACAUGUAUUUGUGACUCGUUUAUUUGUCUGUCUGAAAUUUGGUGUAUAUGGGUAGCUCGGACUGAGGAGUAACACGGGCCUGAUGACGAUGGACUCCCACUUCCGGUUUCGGAGUUAUGGUGCGAAAACUAUUUUCGGUUUCAUGAAACCGCAGUUUAUCGCCUCUUCCAUACGUGCUAGGUAUUAGUAUUCUAUGCAUCCUGGCACAAUUUUUAAUUUUUUGGACCACGGGAACAGUGUCGGCUAAUCUAUCCUAGAUGGGGGCGUGGCAUUUUUGGGCGUGUCUGUUAGGGGUAACCCACCGCACAAAUUGUCUGGCAGUGGUCAUUCAUGAUUCCCGUCGCGGUACUGAAAAACUCCAAAUCUGUUUUAGGUGGUACAGAUGCAUUGGGAGCAAACAUCAAUACUUGCAUCGGUAAAUUUGGCCGUCGCUGAAACUUGCAUGGAACGAAAAUUCUUUGACGUGUCAUUUUGUACCAACAUUGAUACUACUUCUACCAUCUACCAUUGUGAUGUAUUCGAUAAUAUCUAUCCAUUUUUGUGAAGAAAAUCCAUGAAUUAAUGUUAUUUUAUCGAAAAAGCACAUGUCAAAAAAUACAUCUUUGAAUUGUCACCGAUUUUCAAGGGGUGUAUGUAAUACAGGAGGCGCUAAAACUUCUGUUUAGCAACAAAGUGGCAAUGGAGAAUAGAUACUAGAUGAUCGUGACAAAACUCGGCUUUGAGGGUACUUUUAGUUUAUUCAAUCAGUAUCAAAUAAUAUUUCGUUACGGGUGAAAAAAAUGAU